AUCUGUGCAAUUCAUUCCUAAACACUACGACACAAACCUUGAGUUGAGCAUAAUUGGGGUCAGACAAUGAACUAUUGUCACAUUCACAGUUGAAGUGGCACUCGGCAUGCGACUCGGUAUCGUCCAUUGUAUUUGCAUUAUCAUGCAUAAAUAAACAGUGUGACGUCAAAGAUCGCGCCAAUUGUGAUUGGCUGUCAGAUGUACACUGUGGCAGAAGUAUCCUGCAGAAAAAAAUUUCGCUUCCCGCUGCACCAGCAGACGAGGUGGUGUGGGAUUUGGGAACAGGAACGGUUCCCGAACGCGUUCUCGCGUGUUCGACUCCUUCGAGAACACCGUUCUUCAUGUUCUUGGUUCGAGAACGUGGAGUCGAAUACACCCCGAGGUGAAGGCAGUAAAAACUGUCAUGGCUGCGCCCAUGAAAAUGAAAUUUUAGAUUUUAUCAAUUUUGAAUAAUCUUGAAACCAUGUUGCUGAAGCUUAAAAAAUAUGCCCAUGUAUGUAGUAGAGACUCUUCAAAGAGGCUUUUCCAAUACAUCAACCAUUAUGCAAAAAGGACUUACGUGGAUCUCAAGGCUGUGAACAUUCAAAAUAGUCUAUACCCUACAGACAAAUUAACAAAUGUGACCACAAAGAUUAUAUCAAAGAUUGGAAAAGACUUACAUAACAGAAAGUCUCAUCCGCUGAACCUUAUCCGUUUGCAAAUACAAAAUUAUUUCUACAAAAGCUUUGCAAACCGCUCAGGAAAUCCUCUUUUUGCUGUCUUUGACAAUCUGAAUCCGGUUGUGACAGUCCAACAGAACUUCGACAGUUUGUUAGUGCCAAAAGAUCAUGUCAGUCGUUCUGCCUCUGAUACUUAUUAUGUAAACUCCGAAACACUUCUUCGGGCUCAUACGUCUGCUCAUCAGGCUGAUUUAGUAAGGUCCGGCUUGGAUGCCUUCCUUGUUGUUGGAGAUGUAUAUCGACGUGAUGCGAUCGACAGCUCACAUUACCCAGUCUUCCAUCAGAUGGAGGGUGUGCGACUUUUGACUGACUAUGAGUUGUUCAAAAACGUCACAAAUGGAGAUAUCUUGUCACUCUUUGAAGAUGGUUCUCGCACACCCAAAAAGCAGGAGAGACACACCUUGGAAGCGGCCAUUCUUGUUGAGCAUGAAUUGAAACAAAGUCUGCUUGGGAUGGCACAUGCUCUUUUUGGAAAAGAUGUUGAAUCCCGUUGGGUGGAUGCCUACUUCCCGUUUACUCAUCCUUCAUAUGAAUUAGAAAUUAAAUAUCAAGACAAAUGGAUGGAAGUGCUCGGCUGUGGUAUCAUGGAGCAGCAGCUUCUGGAUGCUGCUGGAGCCAAAUCAAGUAUUGGCUGGGCAUUUGGUCUGGGUCUAGAAAGAUUGGCAAUGAAGCUCUAUGAUAUACCAGAUAUUCGUUUGUUCUGGAGUGACGAUUCAGGAUUUCUCUCUCAGUUUGAUGUCAAAGAUCCUAGUAAACGAAUUAAAUAUAAGCCAAUCAGCAUGUUCCCCCAGUGCACCAAUGAUAUGGCAUUCUGGAUCCCGGAGCACUUCACCUCAAAUGAUUUUUACGAUUUAGUGCGGACGGUCGGUGGUGAUGUGGUGGAGCAAGUGUCACUUGCUGAUGAAUUUUUCCAUCCAAAAAAAAAACAAACAAGCCAUUGCUAUCGAAUUGUUUAUCGUCAUAUGGAAAAGACGUUUACUCAAGAAGAAGUGAAUGAAAUUCAUAGCCAAAUUGAAGACGCUGCCAUGAAGGAGCUUGGCGUUCAAAUUAGAACCAAAUAACGAUAAUAAUGAUUUAUUGAUUGAGGUGUAGUGAAAGUAUUGCAUUGGUAAAUUUACAUAUACAAAAAUAAACCACUGUUAAUUUUUA